CCGUUCCCAUAUGCUAUUGGCAGUUUUUCAGCGAUUUCUGCACGUGCCCAGUUCCCUGAUUAAGGUAUAAACCGUUCCUCAUGCGCAGCAUUCAACUCCUGACAAGGCCUUCGAGAGGGGAUCCCUACCCGUUCGUACCUUCCACUUCUUACAACGGGUGUUCGUGAAGGCAAUCUGGCCACGAAAGCAAUCUGGCCACGAAAGCAAUCUGGCCACGAAAGCAAUCUGGCCACCCGCCAAACUGGUGCUCUUGCCAAACUCCAUGGCACGGACCCAAUUAACUAGAAGUACCUCCCAUACAAAUUUACCAUGUAAAAUACCUGGCCAGAUUGCUUUCGAGACCGGAUUGCUUUCACGAACCCUCUAUGGUAUGGGGGAGGUACGGACGGGUAACUUCCGCACAAGAAUGGUAUGGUCUCCUCCAUGUUUGCGUCCCCUUUCCACGUCAGCCGAUGACAAAUUGGCGCCCAAGGCUCGUCUUGUAAAAUCUAGCUUAUGGAGGUCAACAAAGUCAAGCAGAACAAACCCGCCUCGCUUUUCAGGUUUGUGCAUAAUUCAUGCACCACAACCAUGGUUAUCAGCAAUGCAAAACACCACUAGCCCUUGCCGUCUUCCUCUUUCCGUAGAUCACAAAUCUACAACCCCCAAAACUGGUGCAUGGAGCCGAACGAGGAUGUUGGUGAUCACUCAUGAGGCGGAUCCAUGGCCUACUCAGAUGAACGCGCAAUUAUGCAAAGGAUUUCCGCCCAGCCCCGAUUAGGCGGGGGCUGGGGGUUUGGAAAGGCGAAACCUUCUAGAAGGAACACAAUGAACGGAGAUAAAGGUUUCA